AUGAGGAUGCACUCGUUCGGGGAGCUGCGGACUCACCUGCGAACCCUUCGGUUGCUGGGAGUUUUUCGAUUCCACAUCGACUACGACAAAUGCGUUGUCUCCUCGACGCAUUCGGAAGACCGCGUGGCACGUUUCUAUCUGUGGGGAGUCUUGUGGAUCCUGCUCAAUAUCCAAACGUACUGCACCUACAUGCCACAACACUUUUUCAUGGUCAAUUACAAUGCAACGGGGAAUUGCUAUGCUUUGAUCAACAUACGGACGUGCAACGUGACCACAGUUCUGAUCUACACAAUGCUCUACGUGAGACGCUGUCGCUAUGCUCGUCUCUUGGAGACAAUGCUGCGCCUCAACCGGGCCUCCAGGGAUCUGCAGUCAUCCUCCUUGUACGGCACCCAUCUGACACUCUUUGUGCUCUGCAUGAUCAACUAUGGCCAUGGCUACUGGCGGGCGCAGGUCCGGCCGACGUCCAUUCCCAUCUACCUUUUCCAGUAUGGAUUCUCAUACAUGCUCAUGGGACAGCUGGUGGUCCUGUUUGUCAGCUUUCAAAGGAUUGUCCUCUCCAGUUUGAGGUGCUACAAUCGAAAGUUGUUGGGAAGUCGCCAGCUGUCCCGCGAGUGUCGUGAGUUCUAUGAGGAUUUCCGUGAUUAUAAUCAGAUUAUAAGACUCUGCCAUGAGGACAUCCACGACUGCUUUGGUCUCCUGCUGCUCCCCAUAACCGGAUAUGUGCUAGUGACCACACCAUCGGGUCCUUUCUAUCUGAUUUCGACGCUUUUCGAGGGCCUCUUUCGUACGCCAUGGCGCUUUGCCUUUACGUUUUUGACUUGUGUAUUCUGGAGCAUGCCUUGGGUGACCCUGCUGGUGCUCGCGAUGGGUACUACAAAUGUCCAAAGGGAGGUGAGUAGAAGGUGCCUCCCCCACCCAUUAAUCUCGAAUCAGUACGCAUAUCUAGCUAAUUAA